AUGUCUUUCAAACUCACUCUUGCCAAAGCGACCACGGUGGUUGCACUCAUGACCGCUUCUGGACUUGCGACCAAUGCGUUCGCGGGACCAAACGCGGACGCACCUAAGAACACGCAGAGCGAAUCCAUCUCGGCUUCAGCAAAGCUUGACGCGGUCAAAGCAUCGUUCAAUCUGCUCGCGGGCGAUGAGCAACGUAUGCGCGACGCGCUCCAGAACCCACUCCAGUUUGUUGAGGUGCAAGGAUCGCGCGAAUACACACGCGAGCUCAUCGUGCAUGCGAAAGAAGGGAAAGUCGCACCGGCUCAAUCACGGCUUUCUCGAUCGAUGGUCAAGUCCAGCGCGUUUGUGAACGAGUAUGUCGUCAAGGUUCCACAAGGCGUAAGCGAAGGCGAGAUGGCCGCGAUGCUCAUGUCGACUGGAGACUAUCUCUUUGUCGAACCCAACUGGACCCUCUUCCCGCUCGCAAUACCGAACGAUUCACAGUACGGCUCGAGCUGGCAGCACAACCGGCUGCAGUCCGCGAGCGCGUGGGAUCUGCAUACCGGUGACAGCGACAUCAUCGUCGCCGUCUGCGACUCAGGUGUGGACACCAAUCACCCUGAUCUUGAAGACGCGUAUGUCCCAGGAUACAACGCGGUGAACAACCAAGCCGAGGUCAACGGCGGACAGGUCGAAGAUGUCAACGGACACGGCACAUUCGUCUCGGGAUGCGCCGCGGCACAAGGCAAUAACGGACGCGGCGUCGUUGGAGUCGGCUGGGACUUCAGCGUGAUGCCGAUCCGCGUGAGCAACAACUCCAGCGGCACCGCGAGCGGAUUCGACAUCCUCGAAGGCGCCCGUUGGGCAGUCGAUAACGGCGCUCAUGUCGUCAACGCGUCGUUCUCUGGUGGGUCAAGCGGCUCAAACCAGGUCGCGGCUCGGUACAUCAUCGAUCGUGGCGGACUGCUCUUCUGGUCGUCCGGAAACGACAACAACCUGAUCACAUACGAUGGACCUGACAUCGUCAUCGUCGGAUCCACAACAUCCUCGGACAACAAGUCAGGGUUCUCGAACUUUGGACCUGCGGUUGACAUCGCUGCUCCCGGAUCUUCUGUCCGCUCCACUCGGCGCGGCGGGACCUACGGCAACGGAUCGGGGACGAGCUACGCAUCCCCAAUCGCCGCGGGUGUUGGCGCGAUGAUUUACUCAGUUCGAGAUGAUCUGAGCGGGCGCGAUGUGCAAGACAUUUUGUAUCGCAGCGUCGAUGACCUCGGAGCUCCUGGUCGCGACGAUGCGUUUGGUCGUGGACGCGUCAACACACUCAAUGCGAUCCAGGAAGCACAAGCCUAUGUGCCGCGCUACAACCUGCCGAUUGAUGAAUCGUUUGACUCCGCUUCGUGGAGUGAGGUCUUCGAUAGCACCGGCACCCCAGCAACUGUACCAGAUGCUGAAUCAGGUGCUGGGUCAGUGCUGGAACUCAACGGCAAUGACCAGAUUACAUCGGUCUUCCUCGCCGGUCGUUCCGCGGCAACUUUCCCAGGAAUCAGCUUCUCGUUCCGCACCAUCGGUGUUGAAUCGGGUGAGUCCCUGCUUGUCGAGAUCCUGACCGAAGAAGGCAGCUGGGAAUCGGUGUACGACUACGCGUCGACAGGAACAGACAGCGAUGGAUACAUCGAUGUCGCGCUCCAGCUCCCAACAACCUUCCUGUGGCACGGCGUCCAACUCCGCAUGAGCACCCCUGGUUCGGACAUCAACGACCAAUGGCUCAUCGAUAAUCUCUUCGUCGGAGCUCUGGAAGCGGAACCGACCGCACCGCUCGUCGAUUCAUUCGACUCCGGACUCAUCUCGCCACUCAAGUGGGACGACAUCGACGGCGCAAGCGUCGAGGUUGUUGGUGGAACUUACGCAGCAUCUAUGAGCGGAGAAGCAGUUCUGGAAUCACAGGAUGUCGCGAUGUUCCAGUUCGGGAUCAUCCCAGGAUUCAUCCACUUCGAUCUCUGGGCCGACGCGAACGCUGGAGCAGAUGACACCAUCCUCGUCGAAGUCCGCAAUGUGCUCGGCUCUUGGGACACACUCGACACACUCGACGGCAGCGAGCUCGGCUCCUCGCCGCAGGUGUUCCAGUACCAAACCCCUCCUGCUGCGUGGGGCAACGACAUCGGUCGAGUCCGCUUCACCACUGCGGGUGAUGACGCGAUCUAUAUCGACAAUGUGUACUACGGCCCAGAUGAACUCACACAGAUGUGCUCACCAGCAGACUUUGCCGAGCCGUUUGGUCAACUCAACUUCCUCGAUGUAUCCGGAUUCCUGACCGCCUACGGCAAUGGGGAUCUGUCCGCGGACCUCGACGGAAGCGGGACCUUCAACUUCCUUGAUGUGUCCGAGUUCCUGAGCGUCUUCGGAGCUGGAUGCCCGUAA